AUGCUUUUACUUUACUUACUCGCUGCUCUGGUCGUAAGUGGAACGUGGCUGUGGCAAUGGAGAGCAGUACCGAGCAACCACUUGGGCUUCCCCAGAGUACAGCGCGAGCCGCGGAGUUCUCACCCUGUUUCCAGUGCCGUACUCAAGGGCUAUACUCAGAUCUCACGAGUGUCCGGUCGACCGUUUUGGUUACGGUAUUGGCAGCGAGACUAUCUGGUGCUACCGGCCAAGUACCUCCCCGACAUCCGCCGUGCCAAUCGAGAGCACCUCUCGUUUUUCGACAGCAUCAAAGAUACGCUGUUUCAAUACAAUUGGCUAAGUGACUUGUUCAAGUUACGUCGUAUGACUUUCGCUGUCAUUAGGGGCGUGAAUUCUCAGCUACCCAAACUAGCGCCCAUCAUGUUUGAGGAGUCUCAAUUGGCCUUUGAUGAGAUUGUUGGGCUCAAAGAAGGCGAAACUGGUUCGUUCGAAGCGAUGAAUAUGAUGACGGAUAUAUGUUUACAAACCAUGGUCCGGGUCGUCGCCGGCAAGGAAUUGUCUCGAAACAGGCGCUUCCUGAAUGCAGCUCGAGCGUACUUCGACGGCAACUUCUUAACUGGGAUAAUCAUGCUGAAUUUACCGUUCCGCGGCCAGCUGCGAGAUACCAUCGCAUGGCCUCUCUAUAAGUAUCAUCAACACUUCCGACAGCGGCCACUGAUCGAGAUGAUCGAGCCUGUCGUCGCUAAACGGAUAGAGGAUCAUAAGAUGGGCCAACGAGAUAAGGAAGAAAAGGAUGCGAUUCAGUGCACUUUGGAUAUUCUUCAUGACUUCCCCUUUGAUGAACACUCACGAGUUACACCUUCACACGCCUUGUCCCAUGAAACCCUUCAGCUCAUUUGGGCUAGUGGUCAGUCGCCAGCCCUCAGUAUCACCACAAUCUUGUUCAAGCUUCUCGAAGAACCCGAUUAUAUUGAACCACUUCGAGAAGAGGCCAAGGCUGCCAUUGACCACCACGGCUGGACCGAUUCUAUCUUUCAAGACCUCCACAAGAUGGACAGCUUUAUUCGGGAAACGCACCGAUUAUACAGCACGUUCUCAAUCAACGCUACAAGGGCCGUGAUAGGCCAGCCCUUCACGUUUUCCGACGGGCUGACCAUCCCCGUUGGCGUUCGCAUUGGGUUCGCCGCGGAAGGUUGCCAGCGAGAUCCCGAGUUCAUCGCGGACCCCGAGCCCUUUGAUGGGUUCCGUUUCGUCAAGCUUAUCGCCGCAGAUGCUAAGCAAGAAGACAGAGUGGGCAGGUGGGCCGCGUCGCACCCCAGCUACAGUAACCUUAUCUUCGGUUACGGCAACCAUGCGUGUCCGGGACGAUUCAUUUCGAUUCGAUUAAUCAAGAUACUGAUGUGCAGAAUCCUUCUGUACUUUGAGAUGUCGUGGGAUAGAAGAACCUUGGAGCCCCCACGCCUCUCGUUCGAGGGACUGUCGUUUCCGGAUGUGAAACAGAAAAUUAUUUUGAAGAGGAGACUAGCUGUAGCCUAG